CCCUCAUUCAGUUCGAUGCAUAUGAGCUAUAUGCACGCCGUGCAUAGUACGGAAAAUGACACAACACCAUGGUGAGGCGAUUUAAAAACGAUCGUGGAUCGAUUGCAGGACUUAUUUUCAUUAAAUAACCAAUUUUCAAGUCGAAAAUGUCGCUGCUUAGAUUAAGUAAUUAAAGAUAAUGAUUAAGACGAAAAGAUAAAGAAAACUCAGAAGAUUAGAAUCUCAAAACAUUCAUUACAUUCAAAGUCCACCCAAAUUUGAUUUUAGACUAUCAUAGACAAUGAUACUUUUAGUAAAUUUGGUUAGGUAAUAUGACUAAUAUUACUUUCAAGAAACAAAACUUGUUUUUGCUCAAGAGAGAAAAAAAAAACAAAGAUCCAAUGUAAACAAUGUAAUGAUUUAAUGCAAACAAACAGUGUUUGUUAGCUCUGUCAUUUUUAGGUUUUUGUGUCACAUACAGAAAAUAUUGACCACAGCAGAAUUAUUUUUCUUAUAAUAACAUUGCUUCUGGAGGCUCAAGUAAACAUGCAUAGAUAUAGACAGACACCCACUAGUACACACAUAAUAUUCAUUUCAGUUGGAAAUCUGUAAUUUAUAACAUUGAUCGAUUAAUUCUAUUUUGAAAAAUCCUAACCGAAAAAUCAUAUUCUUUCUAUGCGAUAUUUUGUUGCUAUUGUGCUGCCACCAAUGGGAUUUAUUUGUAACAAAUCAUUCGUCAUUCAAUCACACCAACCUACUGCAACACUUUCAAACAUUGGCCGUGCUGUUGUUGAUCGCACUGAGUCACGAUUCUGCGAUUUAGUCGCACAUACACACAUAAACAUAUUUCACAUUGUGAGUCUUACUCAACAUCUUCGUUCUUUUCUCAACGGGACUCUUACACGAAUCGACAUGCUCUUUCAAACUGACUAUUUCGCAAUAACAGAUUUUGAAUAAACUUUGCAGCAAAGAAUAUAUAUUUUCUUGAAACUGAUUAGCUUUCAUUUGUUUUGUACCAAUCGUGAAUCGUAUCAUAAAUAUACAUUUUUAUGUCCAAUUAAAAUAAGUGCAAAUAAAAUGGGGAACAUUCAUUGUUUGGAAAAGUUUUGCAUUUCAAACAACGCAAUUGCUGAAGAGAUUGAUAUUCGUGAUGAAAUCGCAAAAUGGCUACGUGAACAUGGUGAAAAUCCAACGAUUAUAAUCGAUGUGAAAGAGUUGAAUCGAGUGCUUUCGAAUCAACAAUUGCUUCACUCAUUUGCCAGUGUGUUGAAUCUGGGCGGCCAAUUCUGGAAAUUCAAUGAAAUAUUGGAAUAUUUCUUUGGUGAGAUGAAAAAGGCCGGCGCAAAUUUGGUGUUCAUUGCACGAUUGAAAGAAAGCCAAUUCCAAGAUAUCAACAAAUGCGAAUCAUUACAUUUGAAUCCAAGCGAACGCUUACUCUACAACUUGAUGCAAAUCUGCUCGAAAUAUGGUCAAUUGUCGGUGAAUUAUGGCCUGGGUGAGAGUUCAAUUUUGGCUUAUGCAAGACAGCAUCGCGACCAGGUCAUGGCAUUGAUUACACGCAACGCACAAUUUUUGGUGUAUGACAUUGAUUUCUCAUAUUGGUGCCUCGCCAAUGUCAACUUCUACGAUCUCAAAAUUCUGGACAUCUCGCCGAAACAGAUGCUACGAACCAUCGCAUUGAACUCAAAACAAAUGCAACUCGUAUUCAUACUAUCCGAGCUCAAAACGAAUAUUAAGUUGAAUCUGGUUGGAAAACAAUGCCAUAAACAAAGCCGUAUGAUGGACUUUGUGAAGUCAUUGAAAUAUGGUGAAAAUGGAUUCGAUCUAGAUCAAUUGGCACAUAAGUUGAACAAAAAAGAACGUGAUGAUCUGGAAGAUAAGCUGAACCGUGUAUUUGCCGUAAACGAAUACGCUGGCAAUUGGAAUGAAGACAUUUACGAGGGACUGAUUUUGGAUUUGGCAAACAAUGAUGAAUCGUUCAAUUUGGUGUUGCAAUUCUGCAAAGAAAACAUUUAUUUUGCAUACAAGUUGAUCAAUGAAAAAGAUUCGACGCAAAAAGAUCUGCUGUGCAUCGAAGAGCGACGAGAAGAGGACGCGAUUUUUCGUAGCCUAAUGGUAACCAUAAUGCUGAAAAUGUGUGGAAUCCUAUUCAAAGAUGUUGAUCCAAAGAAACGUCCAACAAUUCGCACCAAUCGGAAUUUUGGUGACAUUUAUGUCACAUCUGCAAAUGAUAUCAUUUAUCCAACAAUGCCAUUGCCAAGUCUCAAAGAACUGUUGGUUGAAGAAGAUAACAUGCGGUUCGACAAUUCACGCUGGUCUCUUUUCAAGUGGCUGAUUGGCUUGAACGAAGAAUCAAUUUCGGACAUCAGAUCUUCGAAUGACUCCAAGUUCAUUCGCAUUGUUUCAUUGACGCUGACAUUUUUGCAAUUGCAUAAGAUCAUCUCGGCUCAUGAAGCGAAUACCAUUCAACAAAUGGAAAUGGAACGAAACAUUAAAACUGAACUUGAUCUACCAAGAGGAACAUCGCCACCUUCAAAGCUGAAUCAACGUAUCCCUAACAUUAACGGUGCAUGGGUUCAAACGGCACACAAAUACACAAUUGCCUACGAGAUGAUUUGCCAUUGUCUUGAAGUGUCCGGCUUAAGAAAAGAAACGGCACCGAUUUUGUUUGAUGCACCCGAAUUCAAUGCACGCAUGCAACGAAUGGAAUGUGACUCGAAGCCGCACAAGAUGCUAAAGAUGGAAAACUUCUGACUAUGAUGGCCGUGGCAUAUCAAUUACUUUAUUCAACAAACAUUUAAUCUUUAAGCUAAUUUUUUUUACACAAUGUCUCGAUAAAAAAGACAAAAAAGACAUUAUUUCUCUUCAUUUUAUAGAAUUGAGUAAAUUACGAGCUGAUAUUUUUUAUAUUACAAUCUAUAUUUUGACUUGAUUUUGUGUUAACAAGUUCAUUCAAGAAAAAUGAAUAACAUUUUUACAUUUAAAAUGUAGUUCGUGUGAAUGCGAUCAUAUUGAGAAAAUUCAAAUAAAGCGCCAUUCCGAUCAAA